AUGGGUUCAUCAAACGGUGGGGUUCCACCGGGAUUCCGGUUUCAUCCUACGGAUGAAGAGCUUCUUCACUACUACUUGAAGAAGAAGGUGUCUUUUCAGAAGUUCGACAUGGAAGUCAUUCGAGAAGUUGACCUGAAUAAGAUUGAGCCCUGGGAGCUACAAGAGAGAUGUAAGAUUGGGUCGACCCCGCAGAAUGAAUGGUACUUCUUCAGCCACAAAGACAGGAAGUAUCCAACAGGUUCUAGGACAAACAGAGCUACCAAUGCUGGUUUUUGGAAGGCCACAGGGAGGGACAAAUGCAUUAGGACCACCUUCAAGAAGAUUGGGAUGAGAAAAACCCUAGUUUUCUACAGAGGAAGGGCACCACAUGGCCAGAAGACUGACUGGAUCAUGCAUGAGUAUCGACUUGAAGACGCUGAUCAUCUUGAUCCCCAUGGAAACCCCAUCAAUAAUGAGGAUGGCUGGGUUGUAUGUAGGGUUUUCAAGAAGAAAAAUCUAUUCAAAGUAGGAGGGAACAAUGAAUCAAGUGGAGUUGCAUCCUCAGAUCAUCAUCUUCAUCUCAACAACACCAACAAUCUAAAUGCUUCAACCAAUCAUCACCAAUCUCACAUCAAUACUACCACAUCCUAUGCACAACACCAGCAGUAUUUGCUACAUCAACAACAAAACCAACAUCAUGGACUUGGAAUGGGACUAACCUACAAUUCGCUCGUGCCGCCAGCUCCUAGUCAUCCUGCUUCCAAUUUGCUUCAUUUACAAGCCCAGAGCUUCAUUCCAACUCAUGAGCCCCCUUUGGGAGGUGGUGGUAGUUAUCAUGAUCAUUAUUCAGCUCAUCUUAGCCUAACAGAGUCCGCCCUAGUACCGAUGAUGCAAGUCAAACAACUCGUGAUGAGCGGUGGCGCUGCCAACACUGCCACCACCACACCUACCAGAGAUUGCGAAAGCGGAAGCACUGAUCAUGGCAAUAAUAAUAAUACCCUAGCUCCUGAUCAUAGUCAUGACCAAUUAGGGUUAGAGGGUAAAGGUGAUGAUAAUGAUGAUCAGGGUCAAAAUAAUUUAAGUGAAUGGGGUGUGAUUGAUCAUGGUUUGGUUACUACUUCUACUGCUCCUUCUGCUCAUGAUCAUCAGCCGGAAAACAACAACAACAAUAACAACCAUUUAUCACUCCGCGGCGAGAUGGAUUUUUGGGGUUAUGCCAAGUAG